UUUCAUAAGGAAAUAAAUAAAUAUCGCAUUAGGGAAAUCACCCUGCCACCAGUGGAAGCUCAAUGUGUUUGUUACAUUGCAACUCACUGAUGGUUUGCGCCCGUCGUUCGGAUAGAAGCAUAUAUCCACAGCGCGCCUCUCCAGCGUCAUCACCACAGACAGAGACCAGUGCUGACAAAGCAGCGCCUCGCUGCCCUGCCCCGCCGCUGCAUGGACAGCCAGCACAAUGGCAGAGGAUUUGGGGGGUGCCUCUGUUUUAGCAACAACAGGUCGCAUAGAUAAUCCCGCCACAGCCGAGCCAGCCGUGUUUACCCCUCUCGUAGUUACGACGAUUAGAGCGCCGCUGUCGGCUCGCAGGGCUUGAUGAGGCAGGAGAGAGAGCCGAGCGGGGCUUCUCGUCCUUACAAUACCGAUUGAGAGGUAAACGCAAAGCAGCGUGGAACGGGUGGACUGUGGCUUGGUGUCCUUCAAGAUGGAUAUAGAUCCCUGCUUCCGCUAUUAUUUCCAGCACCCAUGGUCCCGUCUGUUCGUGGCCUACCUCGUCACCUUCUGCAACUUCCUCAUCUUCGCCGAGGACCCUGUCUCCCACAGCCAGACGGAGGCUCACAUGAUCGUGGUGGGAAACUGCUUCUCCUUCAUAGUGAACAAGUACCCUGGUGGAGGAUGGAGCGUCCUGAAAGUCAUGUCGUGGCUGAUGGCCAUUGUCACCGGAAUGUUUGCCGGGAAGUUCAUAUUCCACCGCAGGCUCUUUGGUCGUUAUCUGCGUCUGAAAAUGUUCCGUGAGGAUCACGGCUCCUGGAUGACCAUGUUCUUCAGCACCAUCCUCUUCCUCUUCAUCUUCUCACACAUCUACAACCUGAUCCUCCUGAUGGCAGGAAGCAUGGGGCCUCACAUGGUGACAGAGUACAUGGGUAUCAGGAACGAGAGCUUCAUGAAGAUUGCAGCAGUGGGGACGUGGAUGGGGGACUUUGUGACUGCGUGGAUGGUCACUGACAUGAUGCUCCAGGACCAGCACUACCCAGACUGGGGCAAAGCUGCCAGAAGGUUCUGGAAACAAGGCAAUCACAGGAUAAUCCUCUUCUGGACGGUCCUGAUCACUCUGACGUCGGUGGUGUUGCUGGUCAUCAGUACUGACUGGAUCAGCUGGGACAACCUGAACCGCGGCUUUCUGCCUAGCGACGAGGUCUCCAGGGCCUUCCUGGCUUCCUUCAUCCUGGUCUUUGACCUGCUCAUUGUCAUGCAGGACUGGGAGUUCCCUCAGUUCAUGGGCGACCUUGAUAUGAACCUGCCUGGCAUGUCCACCACACAGCUCAAGUUCAAACUUCCUGUGUGCAAGAGCAUCUUCAAAGAGGAGUACCACAUUCAUAUCACAGGUAAGUGGUUCAACUACGGCAUCAUCUUCCUGGUGUUGAUCCUGGACCUGAACAUGUGGAAGAACCAGAUCUUCUACAAGCCCUACGAGUAUGGCCAGUACGUUGGUCCAGGGGAGAAGAUCUUCACCGUGGAGGAGCCCCACACGCUGGGUGACUUCAACCGCAGCACGCUCACCUACAAGUGGCGCUCCAGCAACGUAGAUCCGCUGACCAACCGUUCGUAUGUCCAUCGGGACAUGUUCCUGCACAGCCGCUACGUGGGCGCCAGCCUGGACAUCAAGUGCCUGGCCUUCAUCCCCAGCCUGGCUGCCUUUGUCCUCUUUGGCUUCUUCAUCUGGCUGCUGGGACGUUUCCAGGACAGCGAGACCUUCCCGGAGAGCCAGGUGGACAAGACGUACGAGAGGAUUAAGAGGAAGUCUCCGUCGGAGUAUAGUAAGGACAUGGGGGUCACGCCAGAGGAGGUGCACAUCUCUAUGAGCGAGACGCUCAAACGUUCCGGAACCCCCAUGCUGCUGUCAGUGGACGGGCACUUGGCUCCGCACACCGCCAGCUCCACCAACUCCAUCUCGCCUGUUUCCAUGGAGACCCAGGAGACGCACCCCAGCAUAGUCAUUGACAGCGCGGAGACGGGAGAACCAGCGGUUUCCUUUGAAGUCAGUAAACUGUCACCGCCCUGACCUUACUGCCCUUAGGGGAAAUACUGCCACUGUCUGCUGCUGACAGACACAUAGCCUGAAGGGAGGGCACGAGACCAGAGAAUAGAGACUAAGACCAAACUGAAAGACAAUUUCAGUCCAGAUCUUUUCAGUCUGGGUGGAUAUUGAACACAACACUGAUUGAGUGUUCCUACAGCAGAGGAUGUAGCUACACUGGCCUCUUGGGUUCUUCUGGACUAUUUGGUUUUGCGACCAGUCUUUUUGUAAGACCGUGUUUUUAAGAUCUCUAAGGUGACACCAACACAAUGACAAACAGGUUAUUUUUAACCUCCCUCACUGCAAAGUCAUAUUGUCAACAUGGUGCUAUCGCUUGAUUUGACGUUUUUCUAAUAGCACGGUGUAUUUUCUUAUCGUGACGCAUUUUGGUGCCUAUGUGGGAGAACUACUUCUACAGUCGAUCGUGACCUCGGGACUAUAAGGCUCUAUCGGCGCAAAGAAUAGUUCUGAGAUAUUGAGCAUGAAAGUUUUCACAUUCCAGAUCUCAGAACUGUUUUGUAGUUGAAUUCUUCAUUCAUAACCUAUUAAGGUCCUCACCUUAAAGGUACCUAAAUUGCAGAGUACCAAAAUCCUAAGACAUUUGUAAAUCUUUUUUUUUUUUUUUGGGGGGUGCAAACGCAGAUAGAACCUUAUGGUUCUGAGAUGUCAAUCUGGCUUCAGCCAUAAGAUUCUAUCUGCCACAGAAUGUUGCAAUUAUUUUAAUUUCAAAAGAAAAGUACAAUCAUGUAAGGAUUAAAUAAAGAGAAUACCCUUCUUUCCAAUCACAUCAUCAAAUAUAUGAAUUAAUGUUCAUCACACAUCUGAUAAACUGAUAGUUCACUAAAAUGCCAAAUACAAUAUAUCCUAAUAGCAUCAUUGGUCUGGAUGAGUAAACGGACAUAUUUUUCUGGUCUCUGACACCCAAAGUCAGUAAACUACUUCCUAGUUAUCAAUCAAAUGUGUUACUGUACGUUAGUAAUUUUGGUAAAAUACUCCUUCCAUGGAGGUUUUUCGUAUUGAUAUAGAACAAAAUAUAGACUGCAAUGCCUCUCCAAUGGGCCUUAAACAUGGUCUAAGGCUCCUGUGUUUAUUUUUAUUUAUUUUUUACCAUAAAGGGCUUAAGUGAUGGCCAUUCUUCUGUAAAAGUGAUGAAAAAAAUCUGUCAUUGCAAAAGAGGACCAGAACCUAUGAUAUCAAUAAUCGGGGACUAUAAGGUUCUAUCUGCAAAAUGUAUGGUUUUGAGAUAAUAAGUAUUUUUCAAGUCCCAGAUUUCAAGACUGUUUUGUGAUGUCUUCCUCUUUCAUGACUCAAAAAGUAUAUCACCUUACUAACAAUAGUUUUUGAUUGACAACCCAGUCUUGUGUGAUUGGAUUGCAGAUAGUACCUUACAGCGCCAAGUUCAAAGGUGUUUGCGCAGAUAAAACCUUCAGAUAUUCUUUCCAUGGUGAAUGGACUUUUUCACAAUUCAGACAUAUUUUACAUGCGAAGGACCUAAAGUGCAACUCUUUUGUGAAUAAUUAAUUUAAAACCUUAUAGUCCCAAGGUCUCGCGAUGCAUGACACCCAAUUGUCAUGGCUAGUUUAUUGUAAUACUGCAGUUUUACAGCUGAAGAGGUGGCCUUGAUAUCCCACAUCCACUAAAGGACCCACGUCCAAAAUACAGUAUUAUAGCUUACAGUCUAUAGCUGCAGCAAAACAAAUGAUGUCUGAUAGUAUGUGUCUGUCUUGUUCAUUUUCAGUGUUUCACUUGACUACGUUUACCUUUUCAGACUUCAUGACUGAUUUAUCAAUUCAUUUGUCAUCCUUGAUAAUUCUCACAUAUCCCAUCUUCAUGCGUUUAUUUUCUUGUAGUCAGAGAAAUGACUGGAUUGCUAAGCCUCAUGAUGAUGAUGAUGAUGAUAAUAAUGCUAUCAUGAUGACCUAUUUAUUUUCUGGAUGUAAGAUAGCUCCUAGGCAUCAUCUAUUUUCAAAUAACAAACAAAAGUCACCUCAUGGUCGCUUAUCUAUCUGGUAAUUAUACUCAAACAAAUGCAAAUUAAUGAAAGGUCAUUUGCCCUUGGCCUGGUAAAUGUGCUUUUGUUAUACAAGGGGGGAGAAGUUCACCAAAUCUAACUGCUGCACCUAAUUGCUGCACCCAUAUCAUAUACCCCAGCAGUAUACUGUAUGUACCACAAUUACGACCCUGGUUCAAAGCCAGUAUUGGGGUCAUGGUUUGGUUUGAGAAGGACACAUGGAGACCUAUUUACUUACAGCUGACAAGCAAAAGAUAGUGGGAGAUUUUCUGAGUUGUGAAAGUUGUUAUAUCACAUACGUUAGGUGUGUGACUACUGUAUACCAAUGCUCUGUUAUUGAAGUGUUUUCUAACAAUGCCUUUGUGUGUGUGUGUGUGUGUGUGUGUGUGUGUGUGUGUGUGUGUGUGUGUGUGUGUGUGUGUGUGUGUGUGUGUGUGUGUGUGUGUGUGUGUGUGUGUGUGUGUGUGUGUGUGUCAGAGAGGGUGAGGAUGGCCAAUUCUGUGAAGAGGUCAAUGUAGUCAACAUAAGUGGUGUAUGACCCUUGGUUCAGUGAUCCCCCUCUACACUUUACAGAUCAAAGUCCUCCAUUACAGCUCAACUUAUUUCAUUUUGGAGAUAUGGCUGUGCAACAGGCAACAUAUUGCUAAGUGUGUGGGGCAAUGGCUAAAUGAGUGUGUUUAUCUCACUUUAAGUAAUCUAGUGAUAUAUUUGUAAUGUAUUGUGCUUCGGGUGAAACUGAAUGUUCCCCCUGCUGUUAUACAUGGUAUUGUAUUGCAUAACUGACAGAUAGUUUGCAUCCUUGUGUGUGUGAUUGUGUGUUUUUUAAUAAAGAAAGGAUAUCUCUUUUUAACAUGUUGGCUACAAUAAAUGUCCGUUGAAUAAUGCUAUCAAUAAAAUGAAUACAUUUUGCUACAG